AUGCGCGCGGCCUGGAGAGAUAAGGUCGCGGGCCUCGAAGCCGAGAAGGUCAUCCUUGUCGACCAAUUGCAGCAGUCGGUCGACCGAGAGAACCGACUCGAGGGAGAGGCCUCCCGACUUUCGGAGGAGGUCUCCGGACUCAAGGAGACCAAGGCGUCGUUGGAGUCGGAGCUUAAGUCGGCCAAGGAUGACGCGGCAAAGAAGUCCCGAACCAUCCGUCGGCUCCGACACGAGCGGGACAGUGUCGGCAAAGAGCUGGAGGCCGAGCGCGAGCAACUCCGAGCAAGUCUCGGGAACCUUGCCAAGGCUGAAGAAGGCCAUGCCGCCGCACAGGCCGACGCAGACGUCGCCAAAGCCGAGGCGGAGUCGGCAAAGGAGGCUUUGGGUCGGGCGAUUGAAGUCUUCCGGGACUCGGAGGAGUACCGCGAAGAGCUUCUGGAGAGCGGCUACCUCUCAUACCAAGUCGGAUACGAGGAUGCUCGGGAAGCCGUUCGGAGCUUGUACCUCGAACUCGAUCUCAGCAGUGUGGUUCUGCCAGAGUCGGAGGCCCCAGCUACGGAGGAGACGGUUGGACCAGCGUCGGAAGGUCUCUCCACCAGGGCAGAAGCCGAAGACGUCGCAGAGUCGGUCGCCGAAGAUCAGUUGGCCCCGACGGCUGAAGUCGGAGCAGAUCCGCCGACCAACUCGCAUCGUCGUCCAGUGGAGGACGUCGAUUCCGACGAUUAG